CGACUUAUUCGUGAUCAAGAAGUCCGCGUUUUCGAGUGCCGCUGUUUAAUUCUCUUUGCAUCACUGCUCUUAUAAGAUAUUAACUAUCGCACUGACAACACAAUGUCUAGCACUUAAUUUGGAAGUUAUAUCAAAAUAUGCAAUGCAUCUAUCAAAGAAAGGAAUUAAAGGUAUACUUGUUAAUGGAACAAAUGGUGAAGGAAUGGCAAUGUCUGUUGCUGAAAGGAAACUUGUUGUCGAAACUUGGGUAAAAGCAGUGGAAGAAACAAAGCAACACCUGAUGGUUCAAGUAGGAGGUGUACCUCUUCCCGAUGUUAUCGAACUUGCAAAACAUGCAAGCAGUCUGCCCGUAAAUUCUAUACUCUGCUUACCAGAACUGUACUUCAAGCCUACUACCUCUAAACAACUAAUUGAAUACUUGGAAAUAGUUGGUGAGGCGGCACCAAAAACACCGUUAUUAUAUUAUCAUUUUCCUGUGAUGACUAAUGUUAAUAUACACAUGGGACAAUUCCUUGAAUCUAUUGGUGACAAAAUACCGUCAUUCGUCGGUAUAAAAUUCACCAGCAACAAUUUAGAGGAAGGUGCACAUGCAUUACAUGCCGAUAAUGGGAAAUUUGUUAUUUUCCUCGGUAAUGAUCAGUUAAUGGACGCUGCAUCUGUAGUAGGAUUUGAUUCCUUCAUAGUAACUACCUUAAACAUAUUUCCGGAACAUAUACAGCAACUUCUUACUGUUUACAAGAAUGGAGAUAUAUUAAAAGCCAGAGAUAUGCAAGAGAAGCUCACAAGCGCUGUAAUUGCUAUAAUGAAACAUGGUAAUUGGGUGCAGUCUAUGAAAACAGCAAUGACUCUUCUUACUGACUUUAAUAUAGGUCUACCUCGUGAACCACUUAAACCUAUUUCUUCUGAUGCUGUAGCAAUUAUGACGAAAGAAUUAACAAACUUGGGAUAUCAGCCAAAAGUUAAACAUUAUUGA